AUGUCGACCGUUCUUACCGGUGUUCGGCCUCCUGUAGGCUCUAGCUCCGGGGACUCUACACCGUCCACGACUACUGGUUAUGGCGCGAUUGCCGUUAGCAGUCGUGGUGUACCAGAGAAGGACCAAACCGAAGUCACCGUUACGGAGGAUGCUCCACCGCUCGGUGUUCCACAUGCCGAAAAGAGGUUUUGGUUCCAGAGAGCGAAGACUUCAUAUGAUCCGGAUGCAAUUGCGACUCUGCCCAGUGUCUAUGAUAAUCCCGACUCAGCGAAGCAAUACCAACCACGCCCAGACUGGGAAAACCUGCAUCGAUUCAAUCCAUUGGCAAGAUGGACUUGGGGAGAAGAGCAAAAGCUGAUUCACAAGAUUGAUCUUCGUAUCCUGAUCUUCACAUGCAUUUGUUUCAUGGCUCUCGAGCUCGAUCGCGCCAACAUCCAGCAAGCGAACACGGACAACUUCCUCAAAGAUCUGCACCUGACCACCAAUGACUACAAUCUUGGCAACACCGUCUUCAAGCUGAGCUUCCUCUGUGCUGAACUACCUUCCCAGCUGGUGAGCAAGUGGAUGGGCCCUGAUCGCUGGAUUCCAAUGCAGAUGAUGCUCUGGUCGAUUGUUGCGAGCGGUCAGUAUUGGCUCUCUGGUCGCGCAAGCUUCUUGACAUGCCGCUCGCUCCUCGGCAUCUUGCAAGGCGGCUUCAUCCCUGACGUUAUCCUCUACCUUUCGUACUUCUACAAGCAUCACGAGCUGUCACUCCGCUUGAGCUUUUUCUGGACUGCAAUGAGCAUUGCGGACAUCCUCGCCGGAUUCCUUGCUUAUGGUCUGCUGCAUAUGCGAGGCGUACAGGGCCAAUCAGGAUGGCGAUGGCUGUUCUUGAUCGAGGGCUUAUUUACUUUCCUCAUCGGUCUGUCCGCCGUCUUCCUUAUGCCUCCAGGGCCUUGUCAGACCGCAAACUGGGCUCGUGGGAAGAAAGGGUGGUUCAAUGCACGUGAAGAGGAAAUCAUAGUCAACCGCGUCAUCCGAGACGAUCCGUCCAAAGGGUCCAUGCACAACCGGCAACCUGUUACUCCAAGGCUACUAUGGAAGAGUCUCAAAGACUACGACCUCUGGCCACUGUACAUUCUCGGUAUUAUGUUCCAGAUCCCCAUGACGCCGCCGCUUCAGUACCUCACGCUCUCAUUACGGGGUCUGGGCUUCGACACUUUCCAGUCCAAUCUCUUGGCGAUCCCAUGGACGGCUGUCCACAUCGUUCUCAUGCUGGCGCUUUCAUACUCAUCCGAAAUCUUCAAAGAGCAAACCCUUCAUUCCAUGACGGCUCAAAUCUGGGCCAUCCCCUUUUUGGUGUGGCUGGUAGUCGCAAAUGUCGCAAAGGCCAACAAGUGGAUCGUUUGGGCCGUCAUAACCUUGCUUCUGAGUUAUCCUAGCCCGCAUCCCAUCCAAGUCGGCUGGAACUCGCGCAAUUCCAACACUGUGCGGUCCCGAACCGUCUCUGCCGCUUGUUAUAACAUGUUUGUCCAGGCUGGCGGCAUCAUCUCCUCGAACAUCUAUCGCAAAGACGAUGCGCCGAACUAUAAGCAUGGUAACAGAACGCUGCUGGGGAUCGCGGUAGGCAAUAUUGGGAUAUAUCUUCUGACCAAGGCAUACUAUGUCUGGCGCAAUAAGUCGAGGGAGAAGAAGUGGAAUGCUAUGACUCAGGAACAGCAAUUGGAAUACCUCGAAACGACAUCUGAUGAGGGGAACAAACGCUUGGACUUCCGCUUCGCGCACUAG